CAGUUACUAUACGGAAGAAUCUAUUUCUUGAUUCCGAUGGACAGCACCGGUGCCUCUCACACACUUCCGAGUGCAAGACAGGAGAUAUUGGUGCAAGUACCAGGAAGCUACGGAAGCAACGUGAGGACAUCCGCGGCCCCUUCGAAUUACCAUCGGCAUAUGGAGCAUCAUCAAGCCGACCACCCGUUCUCCCUCUACGAUCCGAACAACAGCAGCACUGGUGUUCAGCGUCCGACCUCCAUCAAAAGUGGCUGGGACGCAGUGCCCAGUUCAAGCCGCGAAGGCAUCGUGCAGCCGUCAGCCACAGUGAAAAAGGCGCCUGCUGGAACACUGAAUCCACAAAGUAAUGCCGCCUACGGGCUCACACGCAUGUCCCAAUAUGGAGUCACCGGUUUCAAGCCACCGGCAUCCGGCGGCAGUGACUUAGCCGCCUCUCUCGAACCUAUGAUCAAAGCUUUUGUGCGCGAAGAAGUUGCUCGCCAGCUCUCACUCAUCCCCAGCCUGCCGGAACGAAGUACGUCGCUCAGUCCCUCUCUACAACACAUCAUACAAGAUCAAGUGUCUGAGGUCCUUCCACCAGAGCUGGCACCACCAGUCACCGCUCCAUUGACUGAGAGACGCGCUGCUGCUGCUGCUGCUGCUGCUGCUGCUGCUGCAGAAGGCCGUGACAUGGCGUUUUCCGACAAGGAAUGGAAUGACAUGCUGAACGAUUGGUACGAGCAGACCAUUGGCAGCCCUCGAAUUGCGCCGUAUGUAUCAGAUGACCUCCUGCCGAGUGCAAGCCAGGAGAGCGUGGUGCAAGAACCAGGCAUUUCAGAAAACAACUCAAGGACAUCUGGGGCCACUUCGAAUUUCGAACCAAAUAUGGAGUAUUACGAAGCCGACGACCCGUUCUUCUCCUUCGAUGUGUACGACAACGGAAGCGCUGGUGUUCCGUAUCCAACCUUCAGCAGAAGUGACUGGGACAAAGUGGCUAGUAGAAGCCGCACAGGCAUCGAGCAGCCGUCAGCCACACCAGAAAACUACACGAGCCGCCUCGAAUCGUGUCACCUGUCAACAGCCAGUCCAGCCGUCCAUUAUGUCACCAACGUCACGCUCAUCUCCAUCUACUCGCCGCUCUCAGUCUCCACGACGUCGCUCACUGUCACCCUUGCGGAGACGUUCGGUCGCACGAGAGCAGGAAAACUAGUCGUCGCAGUCCACCAGCAGAGUGCUCUCGCGGGACAUCUCCGCACUCAUUCAAGCGAGAAAAGAUACACAUGCGAGAUAUGCGACAAAUCAUUUACACAGAACAGUUCUCUAGUGCAACAUCGCCAUAUUCAUACGGGCGAAAAGCCCUACCGUUGUCACAUAUGUGCUCAAUCAUUUACGCGGCAUCACACUCUCGUGAGGCAUCGCCGUACUCAUUCAGGCGAGAAACCCUACCAAUGCGAAACAUGCACUCAAUGCUUUGCCGAGUCGGGAUCUCUUCGUAAACAUCAACGCACGCAUACAGGCGAGAGGCCGUUUAAAUGCGAAAUAUGUGCUCAUUCAUUUCCGACACGCUACCAUCUUCAAAGACAUCGACGAACGCAUACAGGCGAGAGGCCGUUUAAAUGCGAGAUAUGUGCUCAUUCAUUCACGACACGCGACCAUCUUCAAAGACAUCGACGAACGCACGCAGACCGUAAACUCUGUAAGCCUCCCGCACAAAGCAAGGAUAACUUCGAGAAGUGA